AUGGUCUUGUCUUCCCCUGAACCGGAUGGAUGCGCCAACUUUGAGACAUGGAAAGAUAUAUAUUUCUACGCGUCUGCCCGCGAAUCAAGUCUCCUCCAGCUGGCCAUAAGUGUAGCGGGCGACUUGGGGUUGAGUACCUCGCGCCGCUCGCAAAACUCGGCAUUUGCAUCCAUUGUCGAUGAUGCAGCUGAGCUGAGAAAUGACCCAGCCCUUCCAGCCGAGCAAACCACGGAUGGUCACCGAGCUAUCCUAGGCCUUUACUAUAUCAUGUCAAUCGUCCUGGGACAAAUAGCGACCAAGGUAGACGAUGCCUUUUGGGAAACGAUAGAGGCACCGACUGAGUCCCAGCUCCGCAACCUUUACUCUCUUGCUAUUGCCUCGGUUCAAAAGGAAUUGGAUGCUUUCGUGGAAAAGUUGCCAGAUCAUCUAAGAUGGAAUCAUCUCGUACAAAACCACUGCUCCGCUAUCCGCAUACGGCUAUUUGAGUCCUUUGAGAACUGUGGAAAGGCCGAGAUGCUGUCUCUCUCCCAGUUUAGACUUGAUGCCGCCAGGCGGAUUUACAACCUCCCAGAUACGUUGCACCAGCUGAGCAAGCUCUUCGAGGCCGCCAGCGGGCUCGAAUCGCCGCGAUGUAAAAUAUUCGUUCGCGGCCAACCAAUCUUCUCCGACCACGCCAAGGCGUACCGAGAUAUUGAGCAGUGGUAUUUGGCCAAAGUAAAACCCGGCGCAGCCGAUGGCAACGUGGUGUGGAUUGAUCCGGCAAGCAUGCGGAGCGACGACCAGCCUAGCAAUUUAGAGUUGUGGAACCAGCUGUCAAUUUUAACAAAUGGCAUACCCUAG